GGCCUGAGCCCCCCCGCCGCUUCGGGUUGAGCGCAAGGCUCUCAAUCUCAACCAGCGCCCCUCAACUUCAUUCUUUCGGACUAUCUACCCAAAUUCCAGCGUCAGGAAUCCAUUAUGCGCCUCCUGAAUGUUGACACCUUCAAGCUAGAAGAGUUCUUCUUCUCGCCACCCGCCUACGCCAUCCUAUCCCACACAUGGGGCAGCGACAGCGAGGAGGUUUCCUUUCGCGAUGUCCUGGACGGCAGGCUCGACUCAGACUCCACGCGGCCGUUGAAAGUAAAGGGCAGCUGCAAAAUAGCCAAGGAAGAUGGCUACCAGUACAUCUGGAUCGACACCUGCUGUAUCGACAAGACCAAUUCGGUUGAACUUCAGGAGGCCAUCAACUCAAUGUAUCGGUGGUAUUUUGAGGCAGCUCAGUGCUACGCUUACCUCUCCGACGUUCAGCCCGGAGACAACCCGAAUGGGAAUCAAUCUGCCUUCUCGUCAAGCCGUUGGUUCCAGAGAGGAUGGACCUUGCAGGAGCUUCUUGCCCCAUUGAACCUCCGUUUUUACGACGCAGAUUGGUCAUGUCUGGGGACCAAAGGGGAUUUGUGUUAUUUGGUCGAAACCGUCACGGGAAUCCCGACUUCGUUCCUGUUAGGUAUGACCGACAUUCAUCAGGCCAGUGUCGCCCAGAGAAUGUCUUGGGCCGCAAAGAGAGUCACAAAACGACCAGAAGACAUCGCUUAUUCCCUCCUCGGCAUUUUCGGCUUCUCCAUGCCAAUGAUAUAUGGCGAAGGGGAUAAGGCUUUCCGAAGGCUGCAGGAGCAAAUCAUGAAGGACCUUGGGGACGACUCCAUUCUCGCCUGGGGCUUUGAGACAGACACGGCGCUGCCUAAUACCACACUCGACAUGGUUCUCGGAGCCGCCCUUGCACCCUCCCCCUCCUCCUUUGCGAAUUCCGGGCACGUGGGCGUGAUAGACCAUGGCGCCCACUCCCCAUUUGAAGUUCAUGGCGGAUGUAUUCACCUUUCGAUGGCCGUGCAGGCUACAGCAACGCGGACUUUCGGCCUUCUCCAAUGUGGGCUUGAAGGAGAUAACGACAAUGUGGUGGGGAUACCGCUCGUUGCUGCGCCUGGGAGACCCCCGGGGAACUAUUUCAGGCUAGACGGCCGUGGAGCCAGAUUGCUCCCAAAGCCUGUGUUCGACACUUCUACCACUUUGGUCCAUCUGCAGCUCGACGGCGGGCGCAAGUCCCUCUCACAGGCAGUGGGCCCCUGUUUGAUCCAUAUCCGGAAAUCCGUCCCGGGCUUGGAGCUCACCAGCGUGCACCCAAGGGCCUAUUGGCAUAAAGAAAGAGCAUUGAUCGAGGCGGCGACCGAACCCACCGCAGGUGUUCGGAGGAUUCUAAUGCGGUUCCAAGAGACUGCAAAGAACGUAGCCGAUUUUGUUGCUGUUGUUGAGAUCGAUUCGGAGGCACAGCCUAGUUGCAAUCUCAUGGUUGCAUCUAAAGAGACGACGUUGGGGGAAAUUGAUGGCUGUCCAGACGCCUGGAGGGACAUGGUCAGCGGGCGGCAAUGCGCAUAUAAUUCUUCCCUGAGCAUAUACAUGGAUCUACAACCGAUCCAGGCGUCCGCUCAGCAUAGAAGAUACGUCCUCACACCCUCAGCCGUACCCGAUAUGCCCGAUACCACCGUCAGCGCGACCACUGCGCUAGAGUUUUCAGGACUCAACGCACUAUUGGACGACCUGCGUCAGGCUCGCGAAAUUCAUCAAAGCGAGGAGAAAGAAAGAUGGGCCGCCUUAACGCAGGAGAAACAACUGGUAUUCCAAAAACAGGCUGAGCUGGAAAAGAUAAGGGCUCAGAUCGCCGUCCUCGAACAUAAAGCGCGUCAGCUAGCCGAAGCUGUCGACCAGGCGCGUGCGGUGAAAUUCGACUUACUGGAGAAAUACACCUUGGCUAAAAGAGCAGAAGUGGAUAGCUGGGAGAUGAUCUCGGGCAUGGAACGGUUCAUAGAUACCUAUAAUGCUAACGCGGAGGACCCCGAGAAAGCGGCUGUCCUCUCCAAAACGGCCGGGAAGAUCUUGGCGUUCGCGGUCGAUAGGAAAUACGAUAGCUUCACGCGCAGGCUCAUCGAGCGAGCAGACGACGUCUCGGUACCGGAUCUUAGAGGGAUGACACCUCUCCACUACGCGGUUCGCCGAGGCCAGGAUGAACUAGUCCAGAUGCUCCUUGACAAAAGCGCCAAUAUCGACACGCGGGAUGAGUUGGGUAUGACACCCCUUCAUCUGGCCGCGCAGGAUGGGUUCAUAAACAUCACGGUUCGGCUUCUCGAGAAGGGUGCCAAAGUGUCAACGAACAAUGCCGGGAACACGGCGGAGCGCCUGGCUAAGCUGGCAGGGCACACCCAGCUUGUGAGGCUAUUCCAAUCCCAUCGGAGAAGAAGGCGCAACAAUCCAGGCCCCCGAUUCGCCCUCCCAACCGCCCGCCCAAUCGACCCUUUGACAUCGAGGAGCGUGGGUAUUACGACGAUGACGAGGGAAGUGACGCGCUAGAGUGGAUGACAAGUUCCAACAAUAGACCUCCUUCCCUGCGGCCAAUUCCGAUUUCAACUCGACCCCGCCAGGCACGGCUCGGAGGGCGCCCUACCCACCCGCCGAGGUAAUGCCGCCAAUAAAGACGACAAGGCGUGUAACAUGGGGUGGAAGCAUUUGAGUACAGUGGGCCGAAAGUAAACAAAAGGGGCCGAGGAUGCAACUGGCGCCAGUGCAGAUGUGACAUCAGCAAUCGCAGACAGUAUCAAAUACCAGACAAACAAGUGCGGAAAUAACUGAAACACUUA